UUGCUCGAUUGGGAUUCUUUAGAAGUUGUGUAGAAUCUUGACUUUUCAGAUUCUGAUUGCUUUGUUACUCGAUCUACAAGGAACACUUUACUUGUUUAUUUUGUUUUGGUCAUUGCAGGGACAUGGUGAACGCAAAGGAAGGAGAAAACUGCAGCAAACUAGUGCUUGAAGCUCUCACAGCCACAAUGACAAAAAUGAUGGACGAGAAAUUUGAGGCUUACAAGAAAAGAAAGGAACAAGAGCUUAAACCCAAGCCACCAGACAACACAUUGAGAUCCACAUGGAGAAAAAGAGACUACCUAGAGUGGGAGAUAAACAUGGACGAAUGGUUUUAUUACCACAACUUCUUGAGCGAGAAGAGUCUAGGAAGUGCAAUUAGCCAACUCACUGGAGACGCUUACAACUGGUGGGUACAAGAAGUUGAUGAUCGCUGGUAUUACAAGGAGCCACCUAUCACCUCAUGGAGAGAUCUUAAGAAACUACUAAGGAAUAAGUAUGCUCCGCAAGCACCAUGCACUCCACUAGCUAAUGCCACAGUGCAAGAGUUAGCAGUUAGAGAAAAGAAACCAGUCUCACAUCGACGUUUUGCUACUAAAGAGAGAUCUGAUCAUCAUAAGAAGAGCUUAGCUCCCAAGGAACAAAAGGAAAGCGCUAGGAGCAACUCCAUAGCAGAAGAACAAUUUAAAGAAGAAGUUCUCAAGAUUCUCAACACUUAUAACAAACCCAAAAAAGCUAAGUGUGCUCUUCCUUCUCCUUCAGAAAAAGCUAAGUUUCCUCUUCUUACUGAAAUUGUGAAAGAUACGUGUGAUCUGUCUAAGAAACCUGAUUUUGUGCUUGAAAAUAAUCAAGCUUGUGAAACACUAAUCCAAUUAGAACCGGUGCAUCCGAGUAGUAUUGUUACUGUUUCGCAGGUCGUAGAAGAUGAAUCACUAGAAGAAACACCAAGGAGUUUUCCUUCAGUUAGUCACUUGGAGCAGCCACUCGACUUCGUUCCAGAACCAAUCCGUAAGGCAAAUGGAUGCAAACUAAAGCACUGUAAGGAAACUAAUUUGUUUGUGUUAGUUUCUGCUCAAGAUGAAAAACGUUUUGGUUUAGAAAAGGUAAAAGAGUUUCGUGUUUCAAAAUCUGUUUUUGACAAAAUGAUUCCAACUUUUGAAGCAUUCAAACCUGAAGAAUUCUUUAGGUCAAAUGGUUUUCUUUUUGAUGAGUUUCAUGAAUUUAGCUCUUCUUUGAGGAUUUCUUUGUGUAGCAAUGCAUUUGAGCUGUUUAGAAGUAAAACUAAAUAUGCAUUGGUUAAAACAUUUUCUGAAACAAAACAUGUGCUUAAAAACAUGUCAUGUGAAUUGAACCCAUUCAUUGAGCUUUGCAAUCCCAAUGUGAAAGAUCAUGUUCUUGAAUUUUCUACUUCAAGUAUAAUGCACUUGCUCUGUCCCAUGAGUGCUCAGAAAAGAACAGGAGCAAUGGAGAAGCAUAAAUAUUUAGGAGAAUUGACAUCAAGGAAAAGCACAUUCAAUGUCCUACACCAUAGCCAUGAAGACUUGAGAAGAGCUAAAGGUGCACUAAAUCCAUUGACGAUCAAAGAAAAGCCUCCUGAUUGGCAUCAACCUCCAUACAUCCGAAAAGAAUCCAAAGACAGAUACAUGAGUGAAACUAGGGAUUUCACUAACGGUAAUUCAGUGUUGAUGCUUGGUCAAGGAGAAAGACUCAUGUGUUCCAUUCAACUCAAGGAGAAUCCGCCAGAUGCAUUAUUUGAGCAGAGGAGCAUCCCUAAGGUGUUAACGCAGUCUUGA